AUGUCCACAAAACUGGUGGAAAACCAUCUGGCGUUUUCAAAGAUUCCAAGAAUAAGUUUAAAUGUACGAAAUUUAUCCAUUUCAGCUUCGAAAAGUGGCAAGCAAUUGAUUGAUUCUUUCUCUAUAGACCUUCAUAGCGGGUCUGUUAUGGCCGUUAUGGGUGGUUCAGGUUCCGGUAAAACCACCCUGCUCAACGUUCUAGCCUCAAAGAUUAGUGGUGGUUUGACUGUCGAAGGUGACAUCAAAUAUGUGCUUGAAGAGAAUAAUGGUAUGAUGGAUGACGAUGAUAGCUCUAUAGAGGAGCAUGUUAAGAUGGCGUAUCUUCCACAACAAGACAUUUUACCAGCGAGAUUAACAUGCAGAGAGACUUUAAUGUGUGCAGCUGAUUUAAAAUUGAAUAAAUCAAAACAAGAAAAGAUAAAUAUCGUCAAUCAAUUAAUCGAUGAAUUGGGGCUCAAGGACUGUGCUGACACAUUAGUUGGUGACAGUAAACAUAAGGGUCUUUCUGGAGGUGAAAAAAGGAGACUGAGUAUUGGUACCCAGAUGGUAUCAAAUCCAUCCAUCAUGUUUUUAGAUGAGCCAACAACAGGUUUGGAUUCUUACUCUGCAUACUUGGUAAUUAAGACUAUUAAAAAACUGGCCAAGGAUGACGGUAGAAUUUUUAUCAUGUCCAUACAUCAACCUAGAUCUGAUAUCCUGUUUCUUCUUGAUCAUGUCACUCUAUUGUCUCGAGGCCAAGUUGCUUAUUCUGACGUGAUGAAAAAUACAAUCCCAUAUUUUGAAUCUCUCGGUUACGCUGUACCACCAUUAGUUAAUCCAGCAGACUAUUUUGUAGAUCUUUCUAGUGUGGAUACUCGUUCAGAUAGUGCACAGGAAGUGACUCAGGCGCGUCUUGAUUCAUUGGUGAAUCAUUGGAAAAAUUAUGAAACUAAUUUCCUGGAAUAUAGGGACAUAUCAGGAUUGGAAGCCAUCGAAGUCCAAAGCAUGAAUACAAUGUUACCCUUUUUAAAACAAGUAUCCGUUCUCACAAAAAGAAACUUUAUGUUAAAUUCGAGAGAUUAUGUCACACUAGCUUCCACUUUUUUUGAACCCUUGAUUAUUGGCUCUGUGGUUGGUUGGAUUUACUUCAAACCAGAUAAAACUUCUUUAAGUGGUCUCAGGACAACUUCCUCAUGUUUAUAUUCUGUUGUCAUCCUUCAGUGUUACUUAUAUUUAUUAUUCGAUACCUACCGUCUUUGUGAGCAAGACAUUCAGCUAUUUGACCGUGAACGUGCAGAAGGCUCAGUUUCUGCUCUUGCUUUUGCUACAGCAAGAAAGCUUUCUCUAUUUUUAACUGAUGACGUUAUAAUGGUGUUCCUUUUCACUGUAACAACCUACUUCAUGUUUGGUCUUGAAGCCAAUGCAAGAAAGUUCUUCAUUCAAUUUGCUGUUGUAUUUUUUACCCAAUUAUCUUGUUCAGGUCUUUCUAUGAUUUCCGUUGGCAUAUCAAGAGAUUAUUCAAAAGCUUCACUAGUUGGUAACCUUACUUUUACUGUGCUAUCUAUGGGAUGUGGUUUUUUCGUAAAUGCCAAAUAUAUGCCAGUCUAUGUCCGCUGGACAAAAUAUAUUGCAUUCACAUGGUAUGGCUUUGGGACUCUUUUAUCCUCAACAUUUACAGAUUCUUAUUGUAAUGGUGCCACAGACCUUUCUGAAUGUUUGGGUAAUCAAAUCGUUAGCAAUUUUGGUUUUCCCAAACACUGGAUUAAAGUACCAUUGGUGAUAUUGUUCUGUUGGUCAAUUGGUUAUUGGGCAGUAGCAUUGAUUGUAUUACAUAUACAUAAGGUCGAUAUCACUUUACAAAGUGAAGUUAAAUCAAAAACAGCAAAGAGCAAAAAAUCAAAGAACGAACAGAAAAAUCCCUUUACUGCAGAGAUUCUGAAUCAGAGUGAUAAAGAUAUGGAGUCGAGUACUUCAAGCCCUUAUGAAAUAAAUGUGGACCUCCAAAAUAUCAACUUAAAGGUAAAUUAUUUACAUUUAUCCAAUAGUUUGUUCGGAGAUGGAAUUUUAAUAAGGGAACAGAAGCAAAUAUUACAAUGUGUUAGUGCAAGUUUCAAACCAGGUAUGAUCAAUGCUAUUAUGGGUCCAUCAGGUUCGGGUAAGUCUACACUGCUUAACAUAAUUUCAGGAAGAGUAAAAUCAUCAAUUUUUGCCAAAUUUGAUAAGUCCGGCUCGAUCAUGUUCAAUGGUAAUGAAGUUUCAGAGCAUAUGUUUAAGAAUGUUUGCUCAUACGUUUCUCAAGAUGAUGAUCAUUUGUUAUCUAAAUUGACUGUCAAAGAGACUUUUAAAUUUGCUGCAGAUUUAAGACUACAUAAUAUGACAUAUGAGCAGAGAUCUACAAAAACGGACGAGUUGAUCCGUGCCCUAGGUUUAAAGCACUGUGAAAAUAACAUUAUUGGUGAUGAGUUCGUCAAGGGGAUUAGUGGUGGUGAAAAACGUAGGGUUACCAUGGGUAUUCAACUACAAAAUGAUCCUCCUAUUAUCUUAUUGGAUGAACCAACUUCUGGUUUGGACAGUUUUACCUCAUCUACUAUUCUUGAAAUCUUGAAAAAAUUGGCUGUUAACUAUGGUAAAACAAUUAUUUUGACUAUUCAUCAGCCAAGAGCUGAACUAUUCAAACAGUUCGGGAACGUUUUAUUGUUGGCCAAGUCCGGUAGAACUGCAUUCAAUGGUUCUCCUAAUGAAAUGAUACAAUACUUCGAAGAUUUGGGAUUUGAAUGUCCAGCAUUCACAAACGUGGCAGACUUCUUCUUGGAUCUAAUUUCAAUUAAUACUCAAAAUAUUGAGAAUGAGAUGAAAUCUAGAGAACGAGUUGAGAUGAUUUUGGAAAAUUGGAAGAUUCAAUCUAACUCGAGUUUAUUAAGCUCGACAUUCGAUGAGAAAGAACCAAUUUCACAGGAAACCUUUAUUUUGGAGUAUGGUGAUUGCAUUAGACAACCUUGUAACUCAGGUUUAGCAUACUAUGUCAAUGUUAGAAGACAGUUGGUGACAACUAGAAGAAAUAUUGAUUCAUUACUGGCAAGAAUUGCUCAAGUUCCUGGAUUAGGUAUAAUUUUUGCGUUGUACUUUGCACCAUUGAAACACAACUAUGCAAGUGUUGCUAAUAGAUUGGGUUUAGUACAAGAAUCUACAGCACUAUAUUUUUGUGGCAUGUUAGUCAACUUGGCAUGUUAUCCAAGGGAGAGAGAUUAUUUCUACAAAGAACAUGAAGAUGGUGUAUACGGUGUCGGCCCAUUCAUUUUGGCCUACAUGACUCUAGAACUUCCAUUAUCUGCAGUUGGUGCCAUUAUAUACGCUGUAUUCACAGUUAUGGCGUGUGGUUUGCCGAGAACUCCCGGUAACUUUUUUGCUAACGUUUAUUGCUCCUUUUUGAUUACUGCCUGUGGAGAAGCACUCGGCAUAAUGACCAACACUUUCUUCGAAAGGCCCGGUUUUGUGGUGAAUUGUAUGUCUAUGUUACUUUCCAUUGGUUCGCAAAUGUCUGGAUUGAUGUCUCUGACCAUGCCGCGUGUUCUCAGAGGGAUCAACUACAUCAACCCUCUUAAAUAUACCUCGAUGGUUAUUAUUAAUCUUGCCUUCCCGGAAGACUUGAAAUUUACGUGUGAAGAUGGUGGACAGAAUCCAGAUGGAACAUGUGAGUUCUCUACUGGUAGGGAUGUGCUGGACAUAUAUGGCCUACACACGAACAUCAAUAAGUAUUUAGGUAUUGCCGUUUGUGUCGCUUUCAUCUAUCGUGGAGUUGCAUUCAUUGUCCUAAAGGCGAAGCUGGAAUGGCUGAAAUGGUGA